GUCGAUAGAGGGCAUCGAUCGGCGCGCGGCCCCUCCGCUUUGCGUCUCGCGAGCGAAUUCUCCGGCCGGCCCAAGCAGUCGCGCGCGAGGCCCUCCGAAGCUAGGGCGGCCCAACCUGCGUUGCACCCCUGCCGAACAUUAAGGGCCGACCCGGGUCACGCACACUACCCCUCGACAAACCCAACCUCUGCGAAGUUAUGGCGUCGGGCAAGUACAUGUGGGGCCAGGACAAGGAGCCGGCCGACCCUGAGCAGACGUUCAUCGAGUUCUCGGCCAAACCGUCGGCGUCCGAGGAGGAACCUGCGGCCCCUGAAGGAUCACCCGGGCCUCAGGAAAAAGUUUCCAAGAAGCCGGAGCCUUUGAAAGGCGUGCUGAAGAAGCCCCCAGGGCCCCCAAUCAACAUCCCCAUCAACAUCACGCCUGCCGAGGUCAUCUCGACGGACACUCAGGGUGCUGCUGCCACAAUCGCGCCCAUCCCUGAGCAGGACGAGGAGGAGCGCGGCGGGUGGGGAAACAAACUCGACUUCCUCUUCUCUUGCAUCAGCGUCUCCGUUGGACUCGGAAACGUCUGGCGCUUUCCCUACCUCUGCUACAAGAACGGUGGCGGAGCGUUUCUCGUGACCUACGGUAUCGCGAUGGUGCUGUGCGGAAUUCCGAUCUUCUUCCAGGAGGUGGCGAUUGGCCAGUACCUGGGCGCAGGUGGCAUGACCUUGGUCGGCCAGCUCUGCCCCAUCCUCAAAGGUGUUGGGUACGCGACGAUGACAAUGGUCUUCUUUCUGGACAUCUACUAUUGCAUUAUCAUCGCUUGGACAUUGUUCUACCUGAUCAACUCUUUUGUCUCCCUGCCCGACCUACCCUGGCAGAGUUGCGGCAACUGGUGGAACUCCGAGUCUUGUUUCACGCCCGAGACAAACGGCACGGGGCUGAAGCCAAACCACACAACUACCCCCGUCGAAGAGUACUGGGACAAGCGCGUGCUGCAAAUCACCAGCGGCAUCGAUGUAAUCGGAGGAAUGCAGUGGGAGCUACUCGGCUGCCUCCUGCUUGGCUGGUUCCUUGUCUACGGAAUCAUCUGCAGGGGCAUCCACCAGAGUGGAAAGAUAAUUUGGUUCACGGCGCUGUUCCCUUACGCGGUGCUGCUGGUUCUGCUGGUGCGGGCAGUGACCCUGGACGGUGCGGGCACGGGCCUCUUGUAUUACGUCACGCCGCGCUGGGAAAAACUGCUGGAGGCGAGUCCAUGGAUCGACGGCGCCACGCAGAUCUUCUUCGCCUACAGCAUCGGCACCGGCGCCCUUCCAGCCCUUGGCUCCUACAACAAGUUCUACCACAACUGCUACAAGGACGCCAUAAUUACGUGCAUUGUAAACACGCUGACCUCAUUACUGGCAGGGUGCGUGACUUUUUCAAUCCUGGGCCACAUCGCCCUGGAGCAAAACACGGAGGUGGACAAGGUGGUCAAAAGCGGCCCUGGUCUUGUCUUCCUCACCUACCCUGAGGUGGUGCUCAAACUGCCUGGGGCGCCAGUCUGGGCCGCAAUUUUCUUCAUCAUGCUGGUGAUUUUGGGCAUUGACAGUGAGUUCUGCAUUGUCGAGUCCUUUGUGACCGGCAUGGUCGACAACUGGCCAGAGAAGCUGCGUCCCCACAGGAAGAAGUUUACGCUGGCCAUUUGCUUCUUGAUGUUUUUCCUUGGAUCAACCAUGGUCACGCACGGCGGCGCGUAUAUUUUCCAACUGAUGGACUUCUACUCGGCGAGCGGGCUGCCGCUGCUGUGGUGCUGCUUCUUCCAGACAAUCGCUAUCUCCUGGAUUUUUGGCGCUGAAAAGUUCUGCGACUGCGUCCACCAAAUGAUGGGCAUCAGGCUCAACAAGUUCUGGUACAUCAGCUGGGUCUAUCUUGCCCCCUUUGUCAUGCUGUCCAUCUUCAUCUUCUACAUCAUCCAGUAUGAGCCGAUUAAGUACGGCAGCUACCAGUAUCCGACAUGGGCAGAGGCCAUCGGUAUCGGCAUCAGCCUCACCUCCAUGGUCUGGAUACCCUCAUACGCCGUCUACUACAUUUUUGCUACACCUGGUUCUAUAAAGGACAAUAUCUUGAACGGAAUAAAGCCAAACAUCAAGAGUCGGGCAAAGAUUCCAAAGGGCGAGAAGACUGCGGUGAUUCCAAUGUCGGAAAGCAGCGCCGGUCUGAUUUCGAAGAACAGCUCGUUCAUUUCAAAGAACAACUCGUUCCUGAACCAGUAGUGCGAGCAGAGCGUUGGCAGGGUGGACUCUGCCAACGCGUCGUCCCAUCAGCUAGGCGUCCGAAAGGGCAACCAGGCCACUCAACUUUAAUCCUAGUGAGAUUAGAGCAGCAAGUGACAAAAGUACAAUAUGCACAGGUGCGUGUCGCGAUUGAUUGACUCUUUUUUUUCCCGCCGCGCGGUUACUUAAUCUAGUUACGUAGUGGCGUAGUAUUUAUUUCAAAAAAGCGAUUUAGACCGAGUUGCAUUUUUACUGUUCAGACUUGGAGCAAAAAUAUAAGCAGUUUGUUGAUUGUUUUAAUUGUUGGCGCGGUCGAGACAUAAACCCGUUCAGCUGCUGAAUGGCAAUUUUUCGGAUGGCAAUUUAAUUUAUUCUGGCGAAGAACUAAUCAGGAAAUUAAAACCGAAUGCUAAAAUACCGAUUCUUCCAAAAUCCGAGCAAUUCAGGGUAAUUUGUUUCUUAAAAGUAAUUUUUGAAAUUCAGGUGCCAUAUAAUAUUUAUUAUUAUUAUUGACUUACUCAGCGAGGGCUACCUUACAGUGGAAAAAUAGUAAUAUUCACUUUUAUUGAAAUGGAAAACUCUUUUUACCGUUUUUAAGUGGUUUGAAUUAAUAGGCUCAGUGAGCACAAAUAUACUCAUUUACGUGUUGAAACUUUCAAUCUUUUGACUAAUUUUUUUCAAUCGGCGUUUCCUCUAAUGGGGGGCGCUGCUUUAGACUGGAUAUUCUGAUCUACACAAUAACUUGAAAGUGUUUUUGCAAUAAUUCACGCAUUAGAAACGGAAGAAUCUCUAUAUACAUUAUAUGUUUUGAAUGUCGUUUGGAGCUACAUAGGCGCGUGUACUUUUAACUCUUGCUCAAGUGUAUGAAAAGAGAGCGCGCACAAAGUACUACUGCGCGCGUGACAAAACCCGAUUUUCGCAGGGAAGAGCGUUUUUCUUUUGACGAUUCCCUGCCGCGCAUGUAUAUACAUAUGUAGGUGUUCAUAUACAUACAUUUUCGACCUUUUUUCUUUUUCUUAAAACUUCAGGCCAAAUUAACUGGAAAAGUUUCAGGAAUCAACUCGCUGUGCGUUAAUUAUUUAUUAUUCCAAAGUAAUAUUUCUCAAAUAUAGACUGUUGGCGCCAAACUAAGGGUGCUGUUUAACGAUGGCUGAGCCAUUGAGUUUUUAUUAAUUAUACACUGUGAGCCGUUUUGAAUAACUGCACUGAUUUUUGUUUUCGUGCCAUCUACUUUUCUCCUUCUGAACGCAAGAGGUGACACACUUGUGCAUUCAGCAGCAGUAAAACUUUUAGGAAAUGCAACGAGAGAAACUUAACUGCUUUAGCGUACGGAACUUGUAGUUGUGUAUUGGGAUUAAAAAAAGCAGGGCGCAGAACAGAAAGAGAUCGAGUUCGUCUCAAUUAUCACUAGACAUAGACUGUGAUAAAUCGCAGAGCGAAAUUUUGAGCAAAUUGAGGUAAGUUUGUAAAUUAAAAUAAUAGCAAGAGAGAGUAAUUUAUUAUUUUAGAGUGCAGUGGUAAGAAAAUAAAAGUGGAAAAUCAAGCAAAAUAUUGACAAUACUAUCUCGUGUAUUAAAUGGACAAAAUUAUAAAAAAACAAACGCUGUACUCCUUCAAUGUAACAAAAAUCUGCUUUGUUUGAUCCAAAAUUUAUUUCAAAGUUGAGCGUGUUUGUCGAGAUUUUUAUUGUUCCCCUAUUCAAAAAUCGAUGUGCUCUUGGUGUGCGCCGGAAAAGAAUUAUUGUGGAAAAUUUCUGGCCCCUUCAAUGUCAAGAAAUUAUAGACCUGUUACAAAAUUGUGUCUCCCUUCUGUGAUGUGCGAGUUCACUAUAUUGCUAACCGUUGGAAAAAAAAAGUACUAAUUGUGCAAGAAACUGUAGAAAUACACACAAUUACUGGCUGUAUAUUCAAAAAUCACGUAAAACACACUGUGUAUAAAGUAUGUUCUCGAUGUAUUAAGUAAAAUACGACCCCACUCGGACAUUCCGAUUGAUACGAACGAAAAGCAUGGAAACUCAAGAGAUUCGCGGUUUGACUUUUGUUGUAAUUCAAAAUAAGAUUCUUGCAAUUAGGGAAUAUAAUCGUGAAUAUCUGUGAGAUUAGAGGCGCAUAAUAAGAGUUGGCCUUUGUGAUAAAGAGAGACAAAAGUGUGGAGAGAAAUGAUGGAUAUCAUUUUUUGCCUACAAUAGCAUGGAAAUCAGAAUAUUUUUUGUUCACAACUUGAUUCGAUUUGUGUCGAGAGAGCCGAGUCGGUUCGCUUGCAACAAAGUGCCAAAUAAGUUUUCAAUUUUACCACUCACAGAGUGCGAAUCUUUGCCGAGGAAAUUCAUAUAGUGAUGCUCAAUAACAAAUAUAAAAAAGCAGAUUUUGUUUAAAUAAAAAUUACACUGCCUCCUAGCUGUUGCUUCGGUUUGCUUCCCUUUUCAUUAUGUAUUUCAAAAAAGAAAAAACUUUACUUGCAUGUCCACUUGAAAUUUGAACACGAAUGGAAUGGAAAAAUAAAAAGCGUUAUUUUACAAUGUUCCGCAUA